AUGACCUAGAGGCACCUGUACAUGCAGGUGGCUGCUGCAGCCACAAUAGCCAUCAUGAAUAAUGCGGCUGGCAGUGACGAGCUCGCAGAAAUCUUCAGUCUGAUCCCGGGCCUUCUGGAGGCGGCAAACAAGAGUGGCAACGCGUCUCUGCAGCUUCAGGACUUGUGGUGGGAGCUGGGGCUGGAGUUGCCCGACGGCGCGGCGCCCGGGCACCCUCCGGGCCGCGGCGGGGCAGAGAGCUCCGACACCGAAGCCCGGGUGCGGAUCCUCAUCAGCGUGGUGUACUGGGUGGUGUGCGCGCUGGGGCUGACCGGCAACCUGCUGGUGCUCUACCUGAUGAGCAGCAAGCAGGGCUGGCGCAAGUCCUCCAUCAACCUCUUCGUCACCAACCUGGCGCUGACGGACUUCCAGUUCGUGCUCACCCUGCCGUUCUGGGCGGUGGAGAACGCGCUGGACUUCAAGUGGCCCUUCGGUAAGGCCAUGUGUAAGAUUGUGUCCGUCGUGACGUCCAUGAACAUGUACGCCAGCGUCUUCUUCCUCACCUCCAUGAGUGUGGCACGCUACCAUUCGGUGGCGUCUGCUCUUAAAAGCCACCGGACCCGAGGGCACGGCCGGGGCGACUGCUGCGGCCAGAGCCUGGAGGACAGCUGUUGCUUCUCGGCCAGGGCACUGUGCGUAUUGAUCUGGAUUUUGGCGGCCCUGGCCUCGCUGCCCAAUGCCAUUUUCUCCACCACGAUCAAGGUGAUGGGCGAGGAGCUGUGCCUGGUGCGCUUCCCGGACAGGUUGCUGGGCGGCGACAGGCAGUUCUGGCUGGGCCUCUAUCACUCCCAGAAGGUGCUGCUAGGCUUCGUGCUGCCGCUGGGCGUCAUUAGCCUGUGCUACCUGCUGCUGGUGCGCUUCAUCUCCGACCGCCGCGUGGCGGGGACCGAAGGAGUGGCAGCGGCCGGGGGAGGCCUGACCGCAGCCAGCGCCCGGAGACGAUCCAAGGUCACCAAGUCAGUGACCAUCGUGGUCCUAUCCUUCUUCCUGUGUUGGCUGCCCAACCAGGCGCUCACCACCUGGAGCAUCCUCAUCAAGUUUAACGCGGUGCCCUUCAGCCAGGAGUAUUUCCUGUGCCAGCUGUACGCGUUCCCCGUGAGCGUGUGCCUGGCGCACUCCAACAGCUGCCUCAACCCCGUCCUCUACUGCCUCGUGCGCCGCGAGUUUCGCAAGGCGCUCAAGACCCUGCUGUGGCGCAUCGCGUCGCCUUCGCUUACCAGCAUGCGCCCUUUCACCGCCACCACCAAGCCGGAGCCCGAGGACCCGGGGGUGAGGGCCCUGGCGCCGUUCCACGCGGCCGCGGAGCCGGACUUGCUGUACUACCCGCCCGGCGUGGUGGUCUACAGUGGGGGGCGCUACGACCCGCUGCCCAGCAGCUCCGCCUACUGA